AUAGACCAUUUUUGUCAUUUUCUCGUCGGUCUUCCUGUAUGUUAUAGAAACAUGCUUUCAACGAGUUUGAUUAAAAGUCAAAUUCCAUAAAUUAUAAGUAUUCAAAUAUUAGGUGCUUCACUUGUUCUCUCAACACCAUUAGAUUCAUUUUCCUGUCCACCGACACAUCCUAUAUAUAUUGGUGAGCUUUUCUUCUUGAAGGAAUAUAAUUUAACAGUGAUAUGAUGGGAGAAAUAGUGAGGCAUCCGAAUGAGUUAUACCCAUUGAUGAAGCUGUUAGUAAUAGCAAAACGAGCAGAAAAAGAGACUCCUUCACAGCCACACUUGAGAUAUUGCUAUUUGAUGCUCCGCAAGAUUUCUCGCAGUUUCUCUCUCGUCAUUCAACAGCUUCCCCUCCAGCUCCGUGACGUUGUAUGCGUAUUCUAUUUGGUUCUUCGAGCACUUGACACUGUUGAGGAUGAUACCAGCAUAGCGACACAGGUCAAAGUACCUAUUCUCAUAGCUUUUCAUCGUCACAUUUAUGAUCAUGAAUGGCAUUUUUCAUGUGGUAUAAAUGCCUACAAGGAUCUCAUGGACCAAUUCCAUCAUGUUUCUUCUGCUUUUCUGGGGCUUGGAAAAAAUUAUCAGGAGGUGAUUGAGGAUAUUACAAUGAGGAUGGGUGAAGGAAUGGCUAAAUUUGUAAACAAGGAGAUUGAAACAAUUGAUGAUUACGAGGAAUAUUGUCACUAUGUAGCUGGGCUUGCAGGAUUAGGCUUGUCAAAACUUUUCCAUGCCUCUGGUAAAGAAGAUUUAGCUCCAGAUUCUCUUCCCAAUGCCGUGGGCUUAUUUCUUCAGAAAACAAAUAUCAUUAGAGAUUAUUUGGAGGACAUAAAUGAAGUACCCAAGUGUCGUAUGUAUUGGCCCCGUCAAAUUUGGAGUAAAUAUGUUUACAAACUUGAGGACUUGAAGCUCGAAGAAAAUUCGGUCAAGGCAGUACAAUGUCUCAAUGACAUGGUCACUAAUGCUUUAUCACAUGUGGAAGAUUGUCUUGUUUGCCUAUCCACUUUACGUGAUCCAGCUAUAUUUCGAUCCUGUGCUAUUCCACAGGACUUGAAGCUCGAAGAAAAUUCGGUCAAGGCAGUACAAUGUCUCAAUGACAUGGUCACUAAUGCUUUAUCACAUGUGGAAGAUUGUCUUGUUUGCGUAUCCACUUUACGUGAUCCAGCUAUAUUUCGAUCCUGUGCUAUUCCACAGGUCAUGGCUAUUGGGACAUUGGCAAUGUGCUACGAGAAUAUCAAAGUCUUCAGAGGUGUUGUAAAAAUGAGACGAGGACUCAGUGCUAAGGUUUUUGACCAGACCAGGACAAUGGCCGAUGUCUACGAUGCUUUUUCACAUUUUUCUUGUAUUCUGAAAUCCAAGGUUGAUAAUAACGAUCCAAAUGCAACAAAUACUUUGAAGCGGAUUGAAGCAAUUAUGAGAACUUGCAGUGACUCUGGAACCUUGUAUAAAAGGAACAAGCCUAACUACAUACCAACUUUGGCUGUUGUAUUUUUCGUCAUAGUGGCUAUUCUUCUUCCCUAUCUGUCUGCAAAAAGAACUUAGACCCUUGUUUUGAAACCAUCUUUGCUGUGACAAUCGGGCAUUAGAACUUGCAGCCUUUUCACGUUGUGCAGAUGGUUACUAGCGAAGUUUCUUUUAUUUUAACACCGAUAUUGAGUCAUUCAAAAGAACGAAAGAAAAAAAGGUCCACCCAAAGAAGAUGGCACCAAUGUAUUAAUUUAUUUUUGCAUGGAUAUACCAAUAAUCCAUCAAAGGAGUAGGGAGGCAAAAUUAUCCUAUGGUUUCAGAAAGGUGUUGAUUGGGCAAGUUGGAUCAAAUUUGACCGUGUCAUAACAUUUAAAGUCAAUAAAUGGGUCAUGAUCUAAUCUAUAAAAAA